AUGUCCAUAACGAGUGCGGUCGCCAACGCGCACGCCGCCGCCGCGGCCGGCGCAGGCAAGAAGGCGGCGCAGGUGCAGCUGCAGGCCGAGCUCGCCACCGACGACGAGUGGAACAAGUUCCUGCACAGAGAUGGACUGCUGGUUGUGGACGUGUAUACGGAGUGGUGUGGGCCGUGCAUCGGCAUGGUGGGCAACCUCAAGAAGAUCAAGGUGGAGAUUGGUGGCGACAAUCUACAUUUAGCUGUGGCAAAAGCGGAUACAAUAGAAUGCCUGAAGAGAUUCAGAAACAGAAGUGAACCGACCUGGAUGUUCCUAGCAGGUGGUCAACUAAUGAACGUGGUGUUCGGCGCAGACGCUCCUCGGUUGGCGCGCACCAUCGUCGAGGAGUUGAAGAACGAGGAGCUGGUGAAGAAGGGGGAGAAGGAACGUGUUCAGCGCGCGCCCCAUGAGUUGACUCCACCAGAACAGGAGGUAGCGCUCGCUCAAGAGAAGCUCCUCCAAGAGCGUCGCGAGAAGGAAGCGUCCGCAGCCGAGGCUUCGCGCCUCGCGAGGCGAGAGAAGCGCGCCGCGCGCCUCGAGACGCACUUCGCGGACAUCUGCCCGGGACUCAUGAUGCCGCAUGCGCAGAAGAACCUCAGGAGGAUCUCCGAUAGCCUGGAGCCUUUCGGUGUGUUAGUGGCCGACAAAUGCCCAGUGGUAGUGGGCAAGGAUGGGGCAAGGAUCCUCGCGAUGGAGGACCCAGAGUUCGCGCACCCGGAGGCUGCGGCCGCUCUCGCUGAGAGACCAGCACUUGCUUUGCUACUCAAGAAAAUGCCGGACAAAGAAGGAAACGUUAUUGAGUUAGUACGCAGAGCCCUUUAUGGGGAAGGUACGGAAGCAGAAGAGGGUGAAGCCAAAAAAACAGUAGCUGACGAACUGAAGGCUAACGACGUGCCAGGGCUAUUCGUGCCAGCCGACCGACAUCAAAGAGCGUCUAUACUAGACCUAUUAUUUCCCAAGAUGGUAGGAGGUCUGGUUCAACCCCCAACACCACCAGAACCACCGCACAUCGCAAUGAUAUUCGGAGCAUGGCAGCGCCGCGCCGUCCUCCAAAUCGCGGCAACACCGAAACUGGCUCCCAGGCUCCUGCGCUACGGGUUCUUCGCUGACGCCAACAUACAAGAGCCCAAGCUCUUGUGUAAGACUCUUGAAAAGUAUGAGGAAAGGCCUGAGAAAGACUAUUCAGAAACCAUAGUCCUCAUGGUGGCAGUUGGAGUCGCAGAACCUCUACUGGUGGACCCCAAGGACAUCCCCCCCAAUGGCCCUCCCGACGAGCUGCUGACCUUGGGGCCACUCCACGUCAGUGAGGACACCGUAGUGGGAGCUGAAGAGUGCGGGAGAUUCUUCCCGCCAGGGUACAGCGUGCCGGAGCAGAAACCACGACCAAAGUCCAAGAAGAAAAAGAAGAAGCGUCAAGAAACCAAAGACGAAGUGGAACAAGGCGCAACCACGGAAGCGCCUGAGGCCGUCGAAGACGCGGAGGCCGGCGGGGAGGGGGAUGCCGAAGGGGAGGGAGAGGGGGAGGAGAACGGCGACGGCGAGGGCGACGCGGAGGGCGAAGGCGACGGCGAGGGGGAUGACGAGGAAGACGACACGCACGUGGAUAAGGCGACCUCCCCGCCGCCUGUGACGACAUAGAAUAUUUUAUUCAAGAACAGCCUGAACCUAGGUACAUCUACGGUACCUAUAUG